GGAUACCUACCAAAUCCUCUACCAAGUCUUUCCCGAAGCCACCAUCCGCCAGCGAACAGACCUGAUGUCGCUAUUCUUCGAUCUGGGCCGCAGCGACAUGGGCGUAAUGGUAUUCCAGCACAUGCGCCAGUCGCGGAAGCGCAAACCGUCAAAGAGCACCUACCGCGCCGCGCUCCUGGGUGUGGCAAUUAACCGCGACCUGGAAGCACUGCGCGUGGUACACAACGCCUUAAAAUUGGACCCCCAAUUCGACCCAGACACCCGACUACUCAAUUCACUAAUGACAGCGUACGUCGCCUGUGGCUUGCCCUCACGAGCGAUGGAGAUAUGGGAAAACAUCCGGCGCUCGGCCCAGGGCCCGGAUCACGAGAGUGUAGCAAUAGUUCUGGAUGCGUGCUCACGCUUCCCGGAAGGGAUUCACCGGGCGCAGGUGCUGUGGGGCCAGUUGCGCACUGCGGGGUACCGAUUCACUGCGAGGGAUUAUGCGGCGUACGUGGAAGCGCUGGGCCGGAAUGGGAUGUGGGAUGAAGGGUGGAAGAUUGCCAAGGAGAUGAAAGGAGAGGGUGUGGAGCCUGAUGUUCGAUUGUAAUUUAUUUAUUCCCCUCCCCUCUCGUCCUAGCUUGGUGCUUUUUUGUGAUGGUAACUGACUCGGGGAGGGAAGACUGGGGGCCCUGUACACCACCAUGAUCAAGAAGCGGAAGGAGGAAGUCGCUGUCUGGGCUCAGAGCUGGUAUCCGGACACCUGGGUCCGCGUGGAAGAGCGGUUGAAGGCGCUACCGGGGAAGCAGGUUGAUGUUGUAUACAGGGAUUUCGAAGAGGCGGUUAGAGAGGCAGAGGAGAGGCGGCGGCAGGUGGAGGUUGAUUUGGCGAAUUUGCCUGCCGGGGAGAGGGAGAAGGAGAUGGGUGAGGGCAAGGAGGGAGAAGGGGAGGAAGAGGAGAAGUGAGGGGCUGUAUUUAUGUGAACUCGUAUGCUAGAUUGGUGGGUUUUGCGGUAGUUUUGCAUCAUGAGGCAUCAUUCGGUGAAGGUGCCAUGGAAUGGUAAUAAAUAAUGUACAAUAUUAUUGUUAGACUC